GCAUCGAUGACAUCAACACGCCAGAGGAUCUCCUGAGGCUUCUAGAAAUGGAGGCGCUUGAGUGAGGACGCCGUUUUUGUCUCAUUACUAACGGAAUAUGAUGCUCGAGUCCUCGUGAACGUCUCCAGCGCGCUCGACGGCACCUUCUCGCAGAAACCGGUUCAGACUGCUGAGGAUUAUGAAAACCAGGACAUGACGCUGAAACGGAUAUAAAGGAAGAAGAGAAAGAAGAGAAAAGCUGUGUGCAUCUGGACGUCAUCGUGUGACGGCGAUCAUCAUCAUCAUCAAGAUGAAGGUCCGGGUCCAGUCCAUACUGAUCCUCAUCUUCGUCUCACUGCAGAACACUGGAGAUGCAUUGUCGGCUCCCAGAUUCUCAAAGAUCCCGAUGGAUCAGAUCGGCGUGUCCGGUGGAGUUGUGUCCUUCGUCUGUCAGGCCACGGGAGACCCGAAGCCGCAGGUCUUCUGGAACAAAAAGGGCAAGAAAGUGAAUUCCCAGAGAAUCGAGACUGUAGAGUUUGAUGAAGGCUCGGGGGCGGUGCUACGCAUUCAGCCACUCAGAGCCCCGCGGGACGAAAACGUUUACGAGUGUGUUGCCAAAAACACUGAGGGGGAAAUCGCUGUCACCUCCCAACUGUCCAUCAUAAGAGAGGAUCUGCUGCCGUUUGGUUUUCCCAGCAUUGACAUGGGUCCUCAGCUGAAGGUGGUGGAGAGAACUCGGACGGCGACCAUGUUGUGUGCCGCCAGCGGUAUUCCUGAUCCAGAGAUCUCCUGGUUUAAAGACUUCCUGCCCAUUGAACCUGCUCUCAGUCAAGGACGGAUCAAACAGCUGCGCUCAGGUGCUCUGCAGAUCGAGCGCAGUGAAGAGACGGAUCAGGGCAAAUAUGAGUGUGUGGCAUCAAACUCUCAGGGCGUGCGAUAUUCGUCUCCUGCUAACUUAUACGUGAGAGGUAUGGAACACAUUCGACGUGUUCCCCCUCGCUUCACCAUUCCUCCCACCAGUCACGAGAUCAUGCCGGGCGGGAGCGUGAAUAUCACCUGUGUCGCCGUGGGCUCGCCCAUGCCCUACGUAAAGUGGAUGCUGAAUUCUGAGGAUCUGACGCCGGAGGAAGAGAUGCCCGUGGGCCGCAACGUUCUGGAACUCAAUGGUGUGCGCGAGUCGGCCAACUACACGUGUACGGCCAUGAGCAGUCUGGGAAUAAUUGAAGCUGUAGCACAAGUUAUUGUCAAGUCUUUGCCCAGAGCUCCUGGGACCCCCAUCGUCACAGAGACCACCCCCACCAGCGUCACCAUCACCUGGGACUCGGGUAACCCGGACCCUGUUUCCUAUUACAUCAUCCAGUACCGCGCCAAGUCGCCGGACAGCAAGUUUGAGAUGGUGGACUCCAUCACCACCACCCGCUACAGCAUCGGCGGUCUGUACCCAAACACCGAGUAUGAGAUCCGCGUCUCUGCCGUCAACACCAUCGGACAGGGACCACCCAGCAACAAGGUGGAAGCUCGCACUGGAGAGCAGGCCCCCGCCAGCCCGCCGCGCAACAUUCAGGCGCGAAUCAUAUCUCAUAACGCCGUGAUGGUGCGCUGGGAUGAGCCCGAGGAGCCCAACGGUCUGAUUAAAGGCUAUCGAGUGUAUUACACCAUGGAUCCUUCACAGCCAAUGAGCAACUGGCAGAUUCACAACGUACAGGACAGCGUCAUCACCACCAUCAACAGUUUAGUGCCUUCAGAGACGUACACCAUCCGCGUGCUGGCCUUCACAUCCGUGGGCGACGGACCUUUCUCUGAUCCCGUUCAUGUCAAAGUGAGACCUGGAGUUCCUGGACAGCCGGGAAAGUUUGAGGUGGGGAAAGUGACAGACACGAGCGUGGAGUUGAGCUGGGAACCUGCGUACUCCAAAGAGCCGGUGAAAAGCUACCAGCUGAUCUACAAAGCUCCGGAGCUGGAUGUUCAGGAGACAAGGACGUUUGAACCCAGGACAUCAUAUGUGGCGGAGGGUUUGCGGGCGAACACAGACUACAUCUUCUCUCUGGCCGCUGUCUCCAGCAAAGGCAUGGGCGCGUUCACCACCGAGAUCAACCAGCGAACGGCUCAAGCGAAGCCGUCGGCAUCUCCUCACGAGGUCCGCUGCGUCAGCGCGACCUCCACCUCGCUGACGGUAAGUUGGUCUCCGCCCCCGGAGGACGAGUGGAACGACCGACUGCUCGGUUACGAGUUGUGCUACCAGAUGUGUGAUGAUGACGUGGGCGAGUGUGACUCACUGCAGAUGAUUCGUUCCGAGUCUGAUUCAGGACAGAUGCUCCUGAAGAACCUGCGGCGAUGGAGCUCGUACCGCAUCACUGUAGCGGCCGUGACGGCGCUGGGCCGUGGACCCGAGAGCUCGCCCGUACACUGCAGAACUGAUGAAGACGUGCCUGGAGCGCCACCCGGACAGGUAGAGGUGCAGCCGCGCAACAGCACCUCCAUCAGAGUGUCAUGGCGCUCGGUGUUGCCAGGGCAACGGAACGGGCAGAUUCGCGGUUAUCAGCUUCACUUUGCGCUCAUGGAGGACGAGCAGUCGAGAGGUGUUCCUCAUAUUAAAGACAUCUUGCUGGACGACGAGCAGAGAGCUUUAGAUGAGAUCACACUGUAUGAGACGGUGAUUGAUGAGCUUCAGCCGGAAGCGUUGUACUCCAUCAGUGUUGUUGCGUACACUGUUAAAGGUGACGGAGUUCACAGUAAAGCUCUGCUGAUCAGGACUCCUGCACCACUUCCGUCUGCUCUGCGGCUGACGCUUCGUCUGUUUAACGAGUCGUCUGCUGAAGUGUGCUGGACUCCCCAACACUCCUCCGUUCCUCUGCUGGAGAUCCUCGGCUUCCGGCUCACGUACGCUCUUAAAAACCACAGCCGCUCGGAAUCUGUUCACUUCAGACCUGAAGAGCGUGAGUACGUCGUGUCCGGCCUGCGUCCCGGAGCCGUGUACUCUUUCCUGCUGGCAGCUAGAGGGCGCUCCGGCUAUGGCGAAGAAGCUCGCGAGGAUCUCGCGGUGCCCGAGUUCCCAACCGCAGAGUUUCCCGACCUGUCAGAGCACAUCAACGCCACCUGCUGCUCGCUGCAGUUCACCUGGACUCCUCCCACGCCCUCGAAUCGCAGUGGCGGCGAACCGAGAUACGCACUUGUGUACGGAGAGUCAGGCGACGUGGAGCCGCGGACUCUGUUGUUGCCCAUGAACUCGUCCAGCUACACCGUUCACGGGCUGAACCCCGACCGGGCGUACGCUGUUAGAAUGUGCGCUCACGACAGUGCUGGGUCCGGCCCGUGCGGCCCGCAGGUGUUGUACACAACCACAGCCUUUGACACGGAUGUGCCGAGGAAUUUCUCCGUGAAUUUAGCGACUAAGACCAGCGUGUUGUUGACGUGGGAGUUUCCAGAGAGCAGCGCCCCCUAUCGAUUCACUGUGGAGUAUAACCGUCAGAAGAUGGAGGUGGACGCUCGUCUGAGGAAAGCCGUGAUUCCCAACCUGCAGCCGGACACCAGUUAUGACUUCAAGAUAACCAGUCCAGAGGGAAACAUGGGCGGUCUGAGACACCGCAUACACGCCAAGACGUCACCGCCCAUCCUGAUCCGCCGGCCGGAGGUGGACCACACGCGAGAGACGGAGGCCACCAUCACCAUCAUACUGCCAUCACUGGACACCAGGAGUAAUGUGAGGAACAUCUAUGUGGUGGUGGUUCCUCUGAAGAGAGCUCGAGGGGUCAUCCGUCAACUCAAGAGCCCCGAUGAAAUGGACCUCGAGGAGCUGUUGAAGGACAUCAGUCAGAAACAGCGAGACCCCCGGCAGCGUCAGGUGGAUCUGAGAAGAGCUUACAUCACCGCCCGAUUCACACCCGCAACCCUGCCGGCUUUCUUCACGCUGGGAGAUCAGCUGGACUACGGAGGCUUUGAAAACCGGGCAUUAGAAGCGGGUCAGGAGUACGUCUUCUUCAUCCUGGCUGAACUCAACUCCACCACUGGGAAGAUGUUUGUGGCCAGCCCGUACACAGACCCCGUCAUCGCACCUGACUCUGAUCCUCAGCCUCUGGACGCCGGUGACGGUCUCAUCUGGGUGGUGGGUCCCGUCCUCGCUGUUGUUUUUAUCAUCUGCAUCGUCAUCGCAAUCCUCCUCUACAAGAAUAAACCUGACAGUAAACGCAAGGACUCAGAGCCAGGCACCAAGUGUUUGCUGAAUAACGCUGAGAUGAUGGCUCAUAACCCCACUGACCCCGUGGAAAUGAGACGCAUUAACUUCCAAACACCAGGUAUGAUGAGUCACCCCCCCAUCCCCAUCACAGAACUGUCGGAGCACACGGAUCAACUGAAGGCCAAUGACAACCUGCACCUGUCACAGGAGUAUGAGUCGAUCGAUCCCGGGCAGCAGUUCACGUGGGAACAUUCAAAUCUGGAGGUCAACAAGCCAAAGAAUCGCUAUGCCAACGUGAUUGCAUACGACCACACGCGUGUCAUCGUUGCGCCGGUGGAUGGCAUUAUGGGUAGUGACUACAUCAAUGCUAACUACAUCGAUGGCUACCGGAAACAGAACGCGUACAUCGCCACGCAGGGUCCUCUGCCCGAGACGUUCGGUGAUUUCUGGAGGAUGGUUUGGGAACAGAGAGCCGCGUCUGUGGUGAUGAUGACUCGACUGGAAGAGAAAUCCCGAAUUAAGUGUGAUCAGUACUGGCCCGGCCGCGGGGCCGACACGUACGGAGCGGUUCAGGUCACUCUGCUGGACACGAUGGAACUGGCCACGUUCUGUGUGCGGACCUUCUCUCUGCACAAGAACGGCUCUAAUGAGAGGAGAGAAGUGCGACAGUUUCAGUUCACAGCUUGGCCCGAUCAUGGCGUUCCUGAAUAUCCCACUCCGUUCCUGGCUUUCUUACGGAGAGUGAAGGCAUGUAACCCGCCAGACGCUGGUCCUGUGAUCGUCCACUGCAGUGCUGGGGUGGGCCGCACCGGCUGCUUUAUUGUGAUCGACGCGAUGCUGGAGCGAAUCCGUCACGAGCGUACGGUGGAUGUGUACGGUCAUGUGACCCUGAUGCGCUCUCAGAGGAACUACAUGGUCCAGACAGAAGAUCAGUACAGCUUCAUCUACGAGGCGCUGCUGGAGGCCGUGGCCUGCGGGAACACUGAGGUCGCCGCUCGCACUCUUUAUUCCUACAUCCAGAAGCUGUCACAGGUGGAGGCGGGAGAGCACGUGAGCGGAAUGGAGCUGGAGUUUAAGCGUCUGGCCAACACUAAAGCCCACACGUCAAGGUUUGUCAGCGCUAAUCUGCCCUGCAACAAGUUCAAGAACCGUCUGGUGAACAUCAUGCCUUACGAGACCACCCGUGUGUGUCUGCAGCCAAUCAGAGGGCUGGAAGGUUCUGACUACAUCAACGCCAGUUUCAUUGAUGGAUACAGACAGCAGAGGGCGUACAUCGCCACACAGGGACCUUUAGCUGAGACCACUGAAGACUUCUGGCGGACGCUUUGGGAACACAACUCCACCAUCGUAGUGAUGCUCACCAAACUGCGUGAGCUCGGACGGGAAAAGUGUCAUCAGUAUUGGCCGGCCGAACGUUCUGCACGCUAUCAGUACUUUGUGGUGGAUCCGAUGGCUGAAUACAACAUGCCUCAGUACAUCCUGAGAGAAUUUAAAGUCACAGACGCCAGGGACGGACAGUCCAGAACCGUCCGACAGUUCCAGUUCACUGAUUGGCCGGAACAAGGAGUUCCAAAGUCAGGAGAAGGUUUCAUUGACUUCAUUGGGCAGGUGCACAAAACCAAGGAGCAGUUCGGUCAGGAUGGACCAAUCGCUGUCCACUGCAGUGCGGGGGUGGGCAGGACGGGGGUCUUCAUCACUCUCAGUAUAGUUUUGGAGCGGAUGCGUUAUGAAGGUGCUGUCGACAUCUUCCAGACAGUCAAAAUGCUGCGAACACAACGGCCAGCGAUGGUGCAGACGGAGGAUGAAUAUCACUUCUGCUAUCAGGCCGCUCUUGAGUACCUUGGAAGUUUUGAUCACUAUGCAACAUAGAAGAAGAACACCGACAUUUCAACAGCACCUCCUCUGGACAAACACCGAGGACAUUGGCUUGGAAACAGAGGAAACACACGAUGACAACUACAGACGCAAACUAUUACCUCAGUGUUCAAAUAUUGAUAUUAAUGUUGUGGUUGGCUUUUUAGAAAUAUUCAACUGUGGAUGAAGUUCUUCUUCGUAACAAGAGGAAAAAAUAUUACGUGUAAAAAUCUAUUUAAAAAGAAAAAACAAACUCUGAAAUCAAAGCCUGACUAAUUGCUGCACCCUUCAGCGGGGGUUUCUUCAAACUGUAUUUGCCAACAUCAGAUGUGAACGAUGUGAUGGGAGGUAAAGUUCCUGUAACGGAGGCGGAUCUCGAACCUUCUGUGCCUGACAGAGCGACCGCGGAGAGCUUCACGUCCCAUGUGAUAUAAUCUGUUUCCCGUCUCUUUCAACUCCGUCCGGAGAGCCGUCCCGUGUGUACAGAACUGCUGUGAAUACUCGAUGUGUCUCUAUAACUAUAUGCUGCUUUGACCGUGUUUGGAAAGCGAAGGGAGUUUCAGCUUCAGUCUCCUAAUGUUCGCCGUGUUUCUAUACGGUAUGACGUAACAUUCAUCCGCACACUGACGCCUUUUGCUCUCCUCAGUAGUCCAAAAUACACACGUCUCAUUCCUUUAAAGGUUCAUUUGUGCCCAUUUCUCUCACUGAAACCAAAUGAAAGGACACCAUGCCCGUCACGUUUAGUUUAGUGAAGCGUGUUGAGUAGCGCAGGUUAGAAAGGAGCCGUUUGGAGAUCUCCACGAGACGAGUCAAAUGAGCCUUAUUGUUGUUGUCAAAUAUUUAACCCACCUGACUUUUUUAUUUCCUUUUGUCGAUAUUAUGCUUGAAUUUUAAAGGAUCUAUUUAUUUAUUUCUAAGGUUUUUAUUGCUUUUCUCUAAUUGGUGAGCUGUGAUGUAGUUGGCAAGCUAAUGUGACUGGUCAUAGCUCAUGUGUACAGUGUUGUGCUUUGUAACCUCUCAGAUAUUUUGAUAUCUCCUGUCUAUUGAUCGUUCUAGAGGAAGCAAACGGCCUUCGGGAGCCCGAACCUGACGAAACCCGACCAGACAUGGCCCGCCGGGGUCCCGUUUUAUAAUCCUGUGAUCACACAAGCAUUACUGACAUUAUGAGUCAAUGAAGGGCAGGCAAGCUUUCGGUCUGUCCAGAUAAAAGCACACGCAGAGACUUCAGAUGCAGGAGUAAAACACCACAGCAGACGCAGCUCGCUGCACAAACAAACAGCACAGUCGCGUCUUGUGUUGCCGUGGAAACGCUGUGGCGUUUGAAUGAUGCUGAAUGUCUCCAUAAGGGCCAAAUAUCAGCUGGUGAUUUGUUACAGUAAAUCAUUGAUUACCUUCAUUGUACCGCGGUACAGCACUAUAUGAAUAUUUUGCUGAACUUUUAAAGCACAUCGGGAGAAAUCAAAACACAUUUACUCUUUCAGAUGGAAGCACACGUGAAAAUCCCCGACAAAUGAGUUAAAUGAUGAGACAUGGGCCGAGCGCUUCUGUAGAUCUCUCACUUUUCUCUGCUUAUUGAUUUAAAAUCAUGUAUGUAGAUACAUCAACUUUGUAUUAAAAGAGAAUGACUGGAUAUACUGAAAUGAA